AUGAGAAGAACGACAUUCACUGCGUUCGGAGCCGUCUUUGUGGCAACCAUCGCUAUGCUGGGCACAGUUAACGGCCGCGUUUAUCAGACAAACGACUCCAUCGUUUUCGAAAUCGACCGGACGUCGGAUGGCGUUUUUCUCGCAAAGAGUUUCCCCCGUAGCCAAUCGGAUUUUGUGCCAUUAAAAACUUUCUUGAAUGGUGGCAUGGUCCCUAAUUGGCACAUCCCCUUGGUUGUACCGAACCCACAAGUGAAUUCGUACAGCAUCGGUCUGCCUCCGCGGCAAGGGCUGACUUUUUACAGCUGGUUGCACCAUCCGUUCGGAUACGGUGGAGCCUAUCCUGUUCCGGCAAUCGGUUCUACGGCCGGCCAGACGCUCAAAUCAGAAACCAAACAGAAAUCUGCUUGCCACUUUGGCCGCAUUGCCAGUGGCACGGAAGCUAAACCGAAUUCUUGGCCUUUCAUGGUAGCCUUCAUGUCCGCUAUCGAUAGGAGAGUCGAAUGUGGCGGAUCUUUAAUUUCGGAAAAUAAAAUUUUGACAGCGGCCAAUUGUUUUGAACAAUUGUCCAUGUUUGAGAUAUCGAUCUUGGUUGUGAGACUUGGAAUGCACACGACUGGAGAAUUUUAUGGCCAACCGCAUGACGCGCAAAUGACGAGGAGAAUCAGCCGCGUGGCAAUUCAUAAAGCAUAUAAUGCACAGAAUUCUUACUACGAUAUCGCCGUUUUAACAAUGGACACGCCCGUCACUUUCUCGAAAGCCAUUUCGCCCGUCUGUUUGCCCACAGCAAGUAAUAACGUCGACAUCUUCGCCGGAAAGACUGGCCAGAUCAUGGGAUGGGGAGACCUAGAAACCGGUACGUAUAAGAACCUUUUGUAA